AUGUCUAGCGGUUCCAGAGAACACAAGAUGCUGCCGCACAACGGCUUCUGCGUGUGCCACAUCUGCCACGACCAUGUUGAAAAGGAGGAGAACGAAAUCUCUAGACAUUACAGAACCGACCACCAAGCCACGCACCCGCAAUUCGUCGGUCGUGGCCGAACCCCAUACCACCUGGCUCGCAUCGUGCCUCGGCAGGUGGCAGAGGACCUCGUCGGCGCGCAUCGCGUGCAGUACCUCAACAACAGACAGAGCUACACCACCAUCGACCAAGCACCGAAGACACCCUUCGCGAGCAUCCAAGAGAUGUCGGGGAUGUAUCAAGCCCGCGGCGUGCAAGUACCAGCAUUCGUUGCGACCUUGACUUGGCCGCCCGUUGCCGCCGCUUUCUUCGCCCAGCCUGCUGUCCCUCCCGUCGCAGCCACUCCGCAGAUCCAAGCCCCAACCGCUGACAGCGAGAGCGACGAGGACGGAGAGUACACCGACGAUGAAGAAGAAGAAGAAGAAGAAGAAGAAGAAGAAGAAGAAGAAGAAGAAGAAGAAGAAGAAGAAGAAGAAGAUGACCAAGCCGCCCUCAACAACGCCGACCACGACGACGACGUCACAGACGACAACAACGCCAAUCCCGACCCAACCUCCAUCACCGCCCCCGUCAAUGAAGAAGGCGACACCGACAUCUACACCCCCCUCCCGCCCAUCCUCUCCUCCUCGGGCAAGAUCGACCCGUGCCCGGACCUCGAACGCCCCGUCGGUGAACGGCACUACCUCUGCCACCCGCACUGGACCGCACACCCUCCAGGCCAGAUCUACAUCGGCAACCUCCGCAGCAUGUUCUACCACUACGACAUGUGGCAUCCCGAGGCCCUCCAAGAGGCCUUUGGGAAGAUGUACCACGACCGGUUCUUCUCCGAGGAUCUGGGCUGUUUUCUGUGCGAGGAUUAUCCGACUGGUGACUUCUUUGAAUUGGACGCGCAUUUCAUGGCACGGCAUCCGAAGCAGCGCUUCGAUAUGGCUGUGGAGAUCUUCCGGAGGUGGGCGCGUGAGAAUUAG